AUUUGAGUCUGAGCUAGGUAGGUAGUCUGGGCCCUGGCUACCUGGUUACUGGUCCAUCCUCCCUGGUUUUAGACCGCUCAGUUCUGAUACAAUCCAUUGAAGGUUGAAUCAUGGUGAUGGCGGCCCCUUCAGGACUCUUUUCUCAAUCUCUUGCUGUCUUGAAAAGAGCUGAGCAUUGAUGGAUCUGGAUGCGAACAAGAGAGCAUUGACCAUUUUUUGGUUUCUAGAAAGUCGCAUGAUGCACCUUGGACAGUAGGCUAGUGCAAUUCGCCAGAUCCGUGGAUGACAUAGUGAUUUUGCCCGAAGAUCUUUCGCCUUCGUUGGCGUGAUCUCUUCCAAAUAAAGCACGCGUGGCACUCAAACCUGCUGAGGGUUUCUAUUGCACAAUCACACCAUUAGAUGUCCUGGGUGUGAGCCCCAGGGACAGAGCUCUGGACAAGAAAACUAAAGCUUGACGAGAUAUCGUGUGUAUUGGGGCAGAAGUGAGGAGGUGGAUCAGGCAACAGCAUCCAUUGGUGGGUCGAGCUCAGUGGGCCCAGGGGCAAAGCAGCAACCAUGUGCCGUUUGAUGGUCUAUCUGGGGACAGAUCAGAAGAUAGCAGAUUUGGUAACCAAGCCCUCAAGGUCUCUGACGCGGCAGUCGUAUGAUGCAAAGGAGCGGUUGACUGGACACGGUUACCUAAACGGUGAUGGAUUUGGAAUUGGCUGGUACUCUUCAGAAACGGCUGGGAUGGAUGACCCCACCCCGUGCGUCUUCUCGAGCACCCAGCCUGCUUGGAACAAUAGGAACCUGGAAAGGCUGGCCUCAAAAGUAGUGUCGCCUCUUAUUUUCGCACACGUGAGGGCAGCGUAUCCUGGCAUCCCUGUCAGUGACUCCAAUUGCCAGCCAUUCGUGUGCGGGCGGUACCUGUGGAUGCACAAUGGUGGGAUUGGCGCUUUCCACCUGGUGCGGAGGGCCCUCCUCAACACUCUGCGCGAUGACAUCUAUCAGCAGUGCCCCAGCUUUGAGUCUGAUUCCGCCGUCUCCUUUGCACUCUUCCUCAACCAGAUCGACGACCUCAUGGCGGAGAAGCGGCCGGAGGAGCUCGUGGCCCUCAUGGAGAGCACGAUCAACACCAUCAUUCGCAUUGGGCGGGAAGAAGGCCACGGGGAUGAGCUCAACCUGCUCAAUUUCGUGGUCUCAGACGGGAAAACUGUGGUUGCAUCUCGGUAUACAAACCUCGAGUCUGAGGCUCCCGCCUCUUUGUAUUACGCCUCGGGGAGCCAGUGGGUGGGGGCUGACUCAAACAGUAAUCAGUACUUUGUGAAGCACAGCGAUCGGAGGGGCCUGCUGGGGAUUGUGGCGUCGGAACCGCUGACGGAGGAGAACUCGGAUUGGAUCCAGGUUCCCCGAAACAACAUGGUCGUCCUGACGCGCUUCAAGAGCGCGUUUGUCGACGUUCUCCUGUGCCCCAUCAACCCCCCCGCCCCCAUCGCUAAAGACAUUAGCCGCUGCUUUAAGGCACUGGCCCCCACCCCCGCCCCUCAGCAGCACUUGUACAACCCCCGCUUUAGGAGAGAAGUAGCACCUGAGCCCCUCUUGCCAGCCGAGAUCCCCGUCAGCGUGCAGCCCCGCCACAGCUUGGCAGCGCACAGCAAGGCGGUCAUGGCGAUUGCCAUCGACGGGGAUCGCAUCUUCACAGGCGGCCAGGACGGCCUUAUUAAGCUGUACGACCUGCGCAACUUCAACCACAUCAAGACGCUGGCGGGCCACUCGCAGACCAUCUUCGCAAUCUCCACGCACAACGGCCGCCUCUACAGCAGCUCCACGCGCGUCGUCAAGUGCUGGGACCUGCACUCGUACCAGCUCAUCAGCACGCUGCGCCACUCGGACGGGGACGUCUUCGCGCUCGCGCUCGCGCAGGGGCGCGCGGUCGCGGGCCCGGCCGGCACGAGCAUCAUCCGCUGCAGUCGCAUGUCGAACGGGACCUGCGCGGCGGUCCUCGCCGCGGGGGGCCGGGAGACGCUGCUCCAGAAGUCGUCGAGCAGCCCGACGCUCCCGGCGCUCGGGAACGGGCACUUCCGGGCCGGGAACGGGCGGUCGAAGGAGCCCGGGAGGCUGCACAUCGAGGGGAACGGGUACUCGAGCGACCCGGAGGACCCCCUGAGCCGCGCGAGCAGCGUCGAUGGCGACGGCGCCGCGUCGGACGGGAUGUACUGCUCUGUAGUCUGGGACGCGGAGAUGGCAAACAACGGGGGGUCAAGCGCGCACCCGAACGUGCCCCCCGGGGGGCACGCGUUCCCGGCGAUGGUCCCCCCCGAAGUCGCGUUGCCCGGCAUCCCCACCCCCCAUGUACGGCACCCCCCCCUGCACCCCCCCACUCUGACGAGGGUCGAUUCGACGCAGCCCCUCUCAUCUUCGGUCCCCAUUUCCAUCCCCCGGAAACGAACCCUCCCUGAAGCUGGGGGCGGUCUUCAUUCUAGCUUGUUGAAAGACGAGGCCCACGGGGGGGAGCUGGAAACGCAGCAAUCCACCGCGAGCAUGCUUGGCUCUCCCGCGGGAUCGGCGUACUGGGGCGUGCCGGCAGCCAGUAAAGCGACGGAGCCGACGCUGGUGCUGACCGAUACGGAGAGGGGGGGCCACUGCAGCCGCGUGUACGCGUUGACCAUGUGCGACCCGUUCCUGUGCAGCGGCGCAGGGGAUGGGCUUGUCAAGGUCUGGUGCCUAGAAUCAGGCAACUGCGAGACGACGCUGCACGGGCACAAGGGCGGCGUCAUGGCGCUCGCGGCCGUGAGGGACAGCCCGGACCGACAAGACCGCGUCUCAUGCGAUGACGCGUCGAAGCUCGAGUGGCGGCUGCUGAGCGGGUCAAGAGAUAACACGAUCCGGGUUUGGGACAUGUCUACCAAGUGCCCCAUUACGACAAUUACUGGACAUACGGACGACGUUUUAGGGCUGGCAAUCGGUUACCGGGAGGAGUUUUACAGCGCGUCGUCCGAUCACACCGUCAGGAUGUGGAGCCUCGAGACGUAUGAGUGCCUGCGCAUCUUCCUGAACCAGGACGCGAUCUUCCUCUCGGUCGCCUGCACGCACGACGGCGUCCUCACCGGCUCGUCCGACGGCCUCGUCCGCUUUUGGGAAGUGGACACCGCGGACACGCCCGUCGGCAAGGGGGCGCUCUCGCCGCAGACGCGCAAAAAGACCUUCCCCCGCGAGGAGAGCCGCAAGCAGCAGUCCGAGAUGGAGGAGCUGCUCCGGACGUUCGUUUCGAUCCGGACGGUCAGCGUGGACCGCAGCCGUGCGGGUCAGGACCAGGCGUGGAAAGGCGCCAACUUUUUGAAGGGCCUUCUGGAGACAAUCGGAGCGGAGGUGAAGCUGGUGGUGGGGCAGGAAAACACUAACCCGGUGGUUAUGGGCCGGCUUAUACAGGAUCCUAAUGCGGUGACGGUGACCAUCAGCGGCCACUACGACGUCAACGCGGCGCCCGAGGACGGGUGGACCACAGACCCGUGGGAGUUGGCCGCGAUCGACGGGUUCUUGUAUGGGCGCGGCGUAUCCGAUUGCAAGGGCCCAAUCAUCGCCACGUUGUCCGCUGUCCGAGAACUGGCCUCCAAGGGCGACCUCAAAGUCAACGUCAUCUUUGUGUUUGAUGGCAUGAACGAGAACGGCUGCCAGGGUUUCCGGGAAGCUGUCCAGUCGAACCUAGAGUGGUUUGAAGGCACGCAGCUCAUCCUAACCUCUAACACCGCAUGGCUAAGCGACAACCACCCCUGCCUAACCUACGGCAUGCGCGGCCUCAUCUGCCUCGUGCUCGAAGUCACCGGCCCCGAAAAGAACCUGCACUCGGGCUCGGACGGGGGCUCGUUUACGGAACCCAUGAAUAACCUGGUUGCGGUUCUGUCUAACCUGGUGGACUCGAACAACAUGAUCCUGGUGCCCGGGUUCUACGAUGACGUCAAGCCGCUGGACCGUGAGGAGGAGGCGCUGUAUGAGGGGCUGACGUUCAAGCUCUCUGAGUACAAGGCUGCGAGCGGGUUGAAGGAUCUGACGGGCUCCACUUCGCGGGAGGUGCUCAUGAACCGGUGGCGGAACCCGUCUCUGAGCAUUCUGGGCGUUGAGUCGGGGGCGGUGGGCUGGUCCACAAUACCUAAGGGCUGCAGUGCCAGGAUCUGCAUCCGCCACGUGCCCAACCAGGACCCCGAGCGCCUGAUCGAGAAGAUCCGAGCGCACGCCGCGCACGAGUUCGCCAAGCUGCGCGCCCGGGGCAACCGCCUGGAGGUCAAGGUCCAGCACGUGGGCGACUGGUGGCUCGCAGACCCGACCAACGUGUUUUACCGCACGGCGGAGCAGGCAAUCGGGCGGCAGUGGGGCGUGCGCCCGAUGUACGUGCGCGAGGGGGGGACGAUGCCGGUGGUGCCGUUUUUGGAGAAGGCGCUCGAGGCGCCCGCGCUGCACCUGCCGAUCAGCCAGGCGAGCGAUCACACGGCACUGCAGAAUGAGCGGCUUCGGUGGAUCAACUUCAUGAAGGGCAAGGACGUUGUGAAGGACUUUAUGGACGCUCUGGGGCACAUGGAUCCCUCGCAGUUGCCAGAACGGAGACGAAGCUCGGGUUCUCACUGAUUCGAACGACUCUCUGACCGCUUAGUUGGGUUUACGUAGAUUGACACCUGCAUGCGUAGCGCACGUUUCUACACCCGUUGUCGUAGCGAGCUUUGGUUCUUUGGCAAGCAGUACAGUGUAAUAUCGGUGCUGUAGGAACGAUCAGAAUUUAGUCAAAGUCGUAGGAGCAGUAACCAUGGUAGACAACCUGCCAAACGUAGACCACUAACGGGUAGGUAAAGAUUAGAAUACGGGGUGAGGGGGGAAAGGGUUUUGGGGCACUUGCAGUAUGUGUUUGGAAAACUUUCCGGCUGCAAAUUAGACGUUUUUUGGUCAUAGCGACCAUUUCUUGAAUUUAGACCCUGUAAAUGAUUGAGUGGCCCUCUUUACCGUGAAUCUGAGCCCUGGAAAGCGUGGUCUUGGGAUUAGGAGAGGGCUGUGGUCACGGAAUGCAUGUUGCGG